AUGAAAAACCUAUUUGACAAGCUGGAAAUAAGCUCUUCGUGCUGUCUCGGAAAGAAAGACAAAAAAGAUAUAAACAGGCAGCUAGGCCGAGAGAUAUUGGGCAAGACCGAAGGAUAUAUGCUUCAUAAGUGUAGAAAUAGAGCAUCUGUGAUAUCUCGGGAGGGAUUGGCAAUUUUGUUCUGUUUCAACAAGAAGUACUUUCCAACAAUACAAUAUCUUGAAAAACACAGCAACGAAGAGUUUCAUGAAGUAUUUUUAGACGAUGGGGCGCUUGGGCCUUUAAGUAGAGGAGCAGAUGUCAUGAUCCCGGGUAUACUUAAAUACAAAGAUCUGGUGAAAGGAGACUUUGAAGAAGGAGAUAGUGUUGUUAUACGGAUUCUUGGGAAGUCUAUUGUGGGUAUUGGAGAGGCGGUUGUAAGCUUUAAAGACAUGGCCAAGAAGGGUAACGGAAUAGGGAUUGAAGUAUAUCACCGAAUUGGAGAUGAGCUAUACAACGAGAAAUGUCUCUAG